AAAAACGACACUCCGCUGCAUUAGAAAAAGUCCCUUCAAAAUAAAUAUUAAAUAAAUAAUAAAAUAAAAUCACAUGAAUUGAAAAACAAUCAUUCACCAGUUCACCAGUUGAGAACCACUGUGUUAUAUUAAAGUACAACCGUAUUGCACAUUUUUCCAACCCUCAUGCUCUCAGGAAUUGUGUAAAAUUUAGCAUGUGUGUUAUAUAACUAUUUCGACUACAUUUUACUACAUUAUACAUUUUAAAUUUUUAUGAAAUUGUUCAACUCAGAAAGUGCUGCUAUAUUAAUGUACAGACAAUUGACUUUACCUUUUAUGAAACUUGCAAAUAUUAAAAUCAGUAAUGGAGAUAGAUAAAAAGAAAAGUUAAUGACACAAUGUUUCAGUUAUAAAGACAAGGCAUGUUGAGCCAUGUCGACCAAGCUUCCUCUUCCAACACACACUCACUAGGUCCUCACUAGUAUAAGGCGAGACAUUUACAGCACGAGAUUUGUAUAGAAACUAUGUGGUCUUGUUCCAACAUGUCUUUUUCCCUGCUUUGAGUUGUCUGGUAGGAAGGCCCUGUGUGCCAAGCUGCUCGAGUCAGACCACAUCCCACAAUGUAUUUCAACACCGUUACUUCCGUAGCAACAUCCUUAUCAUCACAUGCAUGCUGCAUGGUAGCAGAGCUGUCCUCAGUCUCAGUUCUCUGUCCAAAAUGCUGGAUAAGUCUGUUUCCAAAUGAAUACUCUCAUUAGCUCCGGAGGAGGGAGCGCUGGAAGUGAAUUGACUACAGUGGAUGUGGAGGCCAUUGCCGUUUACAACAUCCUCUGACCACCCAGCCAAGACCUGCCGAACCAAAAGCCAACGAGGACGUAGUCAUUGCCCCAGGAGGGAGAGCUGCACUGGAAGCUAAGCUAACCCACCACCCAGUCUCAAUGGAUGGAAUAAGACUCUGGGCGCACCCAGCAAGGGAAGCUCUGGGACACGUGUGUGCUUGUGUGUGUGUGUGUGUGUGUGUGUGUGUGUGAGCAUGCAAGCGCUAUCAGGAAAUGCUUGAGAUAAGUGGAAUGUCAACUUCCUCAGAGAACCUUGGUCGUUUGCAAGAACACAGAAAGACAAGGGAUAGACGCGGACUCUAUCACUUUGGAAUUUUCUUAUUCAAUUGUUUUUUCAGAAUGUUGUCUUGUUUAGGUUGGAUACGAGUCCGAAAAUGAGUGUAUGAGUAUGUGUGUGUGUGUGUGUGUGUAAGCAGCUGAGCCUGAUGUGAACAGAGCCACUGUGUAAGACCACAGAGAGGCUAUUCUUCACUGCGACACAAACACUCACUCUCACACACACACACUCACAGCCAUCCUCUCCACAUCCCCCCAUGUCCCCUCCCGCUCACUCUUAAUUUGUCACAUUCACUCACAAAAAACACGCAGGGGGUGCAAGAGAGUCCCCUGCCAUCAUUCUGUCAUUCUCAUCCACUCCCCCCCCCCCCACACACACAACGUCACUCACUGGUUCAGGGGACCCGCAUGUCAAGCACAAUCUCUUUUAUAUAUUUACACUCCAAAACAUGAAAACACAAGUAAAGCAAAAAAUAAUAAUAAUAAUUAUGAGAAUAAUGAGCGUUUGCAUCUGUAGGGGUAUUGACAUGCUUGGUUUUUUGUGACAUGUUUUUGACCUUAAGGAAAUGAGAGAGACAUAAAAAGUGAUAUAUUCAUUUAUAUAUAUAUAUUGAGACACCAUUUUAACAGCAGAAAUUGAGCGCACAAGUCCCAAUAAGUUACAUCACUGUGACCUUAGUUGGCUCAUACUAGCAACCCCAAACUACAACUAUUCCCAUCACCAAAUUGUGACAGAACCUUCCCUGUUCUUUUUGUAACCCUGUGUAACACAGUUUAGGUCCUCUAGUUAUGGAUUAAAUUGAAAUGUUUAUGUCAUGGAGUUUAGGGUUCUUGUACAAGAACUGAUUCAGCAGGGCGAUUCGGUUUUUUUUAGAAAAUCUCACUAGUAAACAUUUAGCUGAUGUUACAAAUUUAGCUAACGUUAGCUAACGUUGUAUCAGGUCCCUAAAACACAUUAGUUGAAAGCAAUGGUUUGGUUCAGAUUUACAACAAAUUUGUCCCAUGAAAACAUUUUUGUUUACACAUUUCGUUUUUGGGGUAAGGUUGUGUAAGUGUGGCGUGGUGCCAUGCAGCAUAUCUUAUGUACUUAGCUCACACGUGAGGUCUCCACACGGUCACGCCUGCAUUAGGACAUUACAAAAAGAUGGGACACACCAGGUGAUGUCAUAUUUAGCUCAGAGUGAAUUGCAUAUUUUGCUAUAUGGCAAAACGGUUUGCUUUCACGCCUUCUCGCGUUCUCUGAUUUCUGUGCAGUCCUGUCAAAGAGAUUUUUGUGUGUGUGUGUGUUCACUUUCUCUUUCAGUUAACUUUAGUGCUGUACAAGAAUUUACUAACUUGUUUGGACUUAAUAGUCACUUAAAAUAGAUUUUUAAAUUGAUGUUGGUGGGAUUAUCUGAGAGCAACUCGAACGAUGUGAACUUCUGUCCACAAAAAUAAUACACAGAGAUCGACGUGGAGAGAUUUUGUAACUGCAUAGGUCCCGUAAACGCCAUGGCUCCAACGUUGUGAUCUUUUUUGUUAUUUCGUGUGGUUGUCUGUGGACUGGUUAAAUUACAGGAUUACAGCAUGUUUUCAUGGGACCCCCUAACCAAAAACCAAAACUAAUCAUUUUCAAGGAGCAAAACAUCGAGUGAAAUGAGGGCACGUCAUUUUUCACAAUAAAACGCUUAUUUAAAGAAUGCUUUUAUAAGCAAGUUCCAACAGCGUGAAUUUUUUAGAGAUUACACUUUCCCACCUUAGACCUUUUAGGGUAAUAACUACUUUUUACUCUACAUUCUGAUAAUUACUCCUUAAUGUUAUCACAUCAUCAACGCAGAAUUCAAAUCGUAGACGUACAACAAUGUACUAAAGGCAAUUAUUUUGAAAGGACUGUCCGGAAGUAGUAUGUUUGACAGCGACUCCCUUUUGUCGCAACUGGCUGAACUUCAGAAUGAAGCCGAGCGGAGGGAAACCCGUUAGUUAAUUCUGCCUGGAAGGAACAGGGAGCGUCCAUGUCUUCUGCUCAAAUACCAGCUCGCUGACAAAAGUUUCUGGCAGCAAUGUCGAGAGAAAACACCACUCGAAGUUUGGACACCAUAGACCUCGCUGCUUUAAGGGAUCCAGCAGGUAUCUUUGAGUUGGUGGAGGUGGUUGGAAAUGGAACCUACGGCCAGGUUUACAAGGGUCGCCAUGUCAAAACGGGCCAACUGGCAGCUAUCAAAGUCAUGGAAGUCACUGAGGAGGAAGAAGAGGAGAUCAAACUGGAGAUCAACAUGUUGAAGAGUUAUUCCCACCAUAGGAACAUUGCCACUUAUUAUGGAGCUUUUAUUAAGAAAGGUCCUGCUGGACAGGACCACCAACUCUGGUUGGUGAUGGAGUAUUGUGGAGCUGGCUCCGUCACAGACUUGGUGAAGAAGACCAAGGGGAACUGUCUGAAGGAGGACUGGAUUGCGUACAUCUGCAGAGAGGUGCUCAGGGGUCUUUCCCAUCUUCACGCCCAUCAUGUGAUCCACAGAGACAUUAAGGGACAAAAUGUUUUGCUCACGGAGAAUGCCGAAGUCAAACUGGUGGAUUUUGGCGUGUCGGCCCAGCUCGACAAGACGAUCGGUCGAAGGAACACCUUCAUCGGUACGCCCUAUUGGAUGGCUCCAGAGGUCAUCGCCUGUGACGAGAACCCCGAGGCCACAUAUGAUUACAGGAGUGACCUCUGGUCUUUAGGCAUCACGGCCCUGGAGAUGGCUGAAGGAGCCCCUCCUUUGUGCGACAUGCAUCCAAUGAGAGCGCUGUUCUUGAUUCCACGCAACCCUCCACCCAAACUCAAAUCAAAGAAAUGGACGAAGCGCUUCCUGUCCUUCGCAGAAGGCUGUCUGGUCAAGAACCAUCUGCACCGACCCACCACGGAUGCCCUGCUGCGACACGCCUUCAUCCGAGAUCUGGCCAAUGAGCGACAAGUCCGCAUCAUGCUCAAAGACCACCUGGAUAGAACCAGGAAGAAACGUGAGAAAGAGGGUCCGGAGUACGACUACAGAAGCAGUGAUGAAGACGGUGACGAGGUGACCGAGGAGGAAGGGGAGCCCAGCUCCAUAGUGAAUGUUCCCGGCGAAUGGACGUUAAGGCGUGAGUUUCUUCGUCUACAGACGGAGGAUGGCCAGGGGGGGGGAAAGGGAGGCCACGGGGGAAGUGGGGGUCAACAAAGACAACAGGCAUUGCAGCAGCACAGGCAGCAGCUGGCCGAGCAGGAGCGAUAUAAGCAGCAGCUACAGGCCGACAGACACAAGAGGAUCCAACAGCAGCACGAGCAGCGGCAGAAGUUAGAAGAUCAGCAGAGGCGGCAGCUGGCAGAUUGUGCCUUUCAGUGGGCGGAGCUCCAAGAGAUUUUGCUCGGGGAGGAGUCCGAUCUCCACGACAACCGAAUCUCAUUGGAUGACAGAAACAAGAAGAGCAACAGGAGACGGCAGCAGGACCAGGCAGACAGACAGCGGUAUGCCGAUGUGUCAGUGAGGCCUCUGGACUCCACCACAGAGCAGAGGGCCGCAGCGCCGAACCAGCUGCUUCAGCGCAAAGCCCCGCCCUCCCCGCCGCAAGCCACGCCCCGGCCUCUGGCUCAGCAUCAGCAGCCCUCGUCGGGCAGGAGAUCCCACCGCACGCUGCCCAAGGACCAAACCCAGCUCCUGUCGCUGCAGCACGACCACAGACACAGGGAGAGAGAGAGGCAGAGGCAGAGCGAGAAGCCUGCGCCAGCUGUCCACAAGCUAACGGCUAACGGCGGGCACGCUGCCUCUCCCUCGCCUCGCCGCUCUGCACACAGCCAGCGCUCAGCGAUGGACCUCCAAGAAUCAAACCUAGCCAGGCUGCUUUUGGCUGCCGGUCUGCCCAACCAGGUGCACUCCAGGCUGGGCUCAGGGAGCAGCUCUAGUCCUUGUACUCCAGCCAUGCAGAGAGCUCACCUCAACCAGAAUGCCAAUCUUCACUCAAGCAGAGACGCCCCUCACUGCAGCUCCAUGUCAGACAUGGCCGUCUCCUCGUUGUCCCCUUUUUGCCCCACGUCCCCGACUGAUGACGUCUUCUGGGACUCCAGGACUCCCCCAAAGGUCCCAGAGCGCACCACCUCUAAGUUCUACUGCCGAGAGCUGGUGAUGGGACACAACAAGGCCUCCUCAAGUGGCAGUCCGGGGUCUGUAGGCGAUAAGAGCGGGCAGUCUGCGUCUCACGGAGUGACCUCCAGCAGCAGCAGUUACCAAGGCUACUUCAAUCUGGAGAGUCCUCUUUUACAGCACCGUCUGCAGCAGCAGAGGAGGACGCAAGAGAGCAUCACCAGUGGACACAGACACGGCGUACGGUCUGCUGUGGGUCGGCGGAACAAGGCCACAGAGUACUCGUCGUCCAGCGACGAGCUCGGCAGCAGUGACGACGAAGAGAGGAACAGGUCCGGCCUGUCCAACGGGAAGGGGAGAUACUUCAGAGGAAUACACGAUGGGAUCGUACUGCAACCUCACCACAAUCUCAACCAGAUCUCUCGGAUAGGUUCGGAUGACGCAUACCUGCUACCGGACCUCCUGCAGAAGACGUCCUCCUCCAGCAGUCCUACCCACAAUGCACUGUGCCAGCAGCAGCUCAACUACUCCCAGUUACCCACAGCCCCUCACUCCCCCACACGCCAGGAUCUGCAUGCCGUCAGCAGUCCUACUGGUGGAAACACAUCUUCUUCUUCGUCCUUCCUGUCAUUCAUUGAUCCAAGAUUGAUCCCCAUGUCAUCCCCCCCUCAGAGCCCUGUGGGCAGUGAAGGUGAGCAAAUCAAGAGGGAAAACCACAGGAAGGGCUCUGUGGUGAACGUCAACCCGACCAACAUUCGACCGCAGAGCGACUCUCCGGAGAUCCGAAAGUACAAGAAGAAGUUCAACACAGAGGUUCUCUGUGCAGGACUGUGGGGCGUCAAUCUGCUGGUGGGGACAGAGAACGGCUUGUGGCUGCUGGACCGCAGCGGUCAGGGGAAAGUCUACUCCCUCAUCAGCAGACGGAGGUUCCAGCAGAUGGACGUCCUGGAAGGACUCAACGUUCUCAUCACUAUAUCAGGUAAAAAGAACAAGCUCCGUCUGUACUACCUAUCCUGGUUAAGGAACAAAAUCCUCCACAACGACCCAGAGGUGGAGAAGAGGCAGAGUUGGACCUCGGUAGGCGACCUAGAGGGCUGUGUACACUACAAAGUGGUGCGUUACGAGAAGAUAAAGUUCCUCGUGAUUGCCUUGAAGAAUGCAGUGGAGGUGUACGCCUGGGCCCCCAAACCCUACCACAAGUUCAUGGCUUUCAAGUCAUUUAGGUCCCUGCCCCAAAAGCCACUGUCUGUUGACCUGACAGUGGAGGAAGGUCAGAGGUUAAAGGUCAUCUACGGCUCCUUGUCCGGCUUCCACGCCAUCGAUGUGGACUCUGGGACGCCAUACGACCUCUACCUGCCCACACAUAUCCAGGGCUCCAUUCACCCUCAUGCCAUCAUCAUUUUGCCAAACAGCGCUGGAACAGAGGUGCUGGUUUGCUAUGAGGACGAGGGCGUCUACAUUGACACCUAUGGCCGCAUCACCAAGGAUACGGUGCUGCAGUGGGGGGAGAUGCCUGCGUCCGUCGCCUACCUUCAGUCUAAUCAGGUGAUGGGUUGGGGAGAAAAGGCCAUAGAGCUGAGGUCGGCCAACACAGGGAACCUUGAGGGAGUUUUCAUGCACAAAAAGGCCCAGAAACUCAAGUUCCUGUGUGAAAGGAAUGACAAAGUCUUCUUUGCCUCUGUGCAGUCAGGAGGCAGCAGUCAGAUCUACUUCAUGACUCUCGGACAGAACUCACUGUUCAACUGGUAACGACUGGAUCCGUUACUUUGAGAUCAGACUGGUGGGGUGUGGCUUCAUUUUUUUGCGUUAACCUGGUGGUGUUUUUUUGUAUUUGAGCCGACCGCUGCGCGUCUACGUGGAUACUGGAUCGCGUGCAAAGAUAAACACAUUGUAUUUGUGAUGCAGCUUGUAUCCAUCACUUAAUCCUUGAAUACUGAAGUUGACCUCACCGCCCCACGCCAUUCCACCCGAGCCCUAAAGGUACAACGGGCGGUGACAGCAUCUAACAUGGAAAAGCACAGAGAAGAAUGUCGGAAGCAAAAAACGGUUCAGGUACUCUCAUUUGUGAGCACAGUCCACAGCUCAACAUUUGGCUCACAUCGCUCUCGGAUCAGUUCAAACUCUUUUGAUUUUUUCCUCUGAUGAAAAUCCGUUGUUCACUCUUAUUUGCUUCAACACGGCCUGACUGUGAUGUAUAACUGGAUCAAGUGAAGCAUCCGAGGGCCUUGGAUGAUUGUUCUCCCUGCCGACCAGUAGACCAGCGGAGCGAUGUGUCCAGCUGUACCGUUGGUCUUCACCUAAGAAGCCAGAAGAACACAAGUCCUUUAUUCCCUCCAUAGACCUCAUCCGAACAUUUUAAGAACCGGGUCAGGAUCUAAAUGUGGACCAAGUGGGACCACUACUCCAUGUCAUUCCACAUCUCGUUUUAAUUGCUUGCUACUUCCCUAAUGAUUCCAAAAUCAAUUUCCAUAUUGAUGAACAACCCAUGUCUGUUAUACUUCAGCAGAGUUAUUUAUCAAGGCAUUUAAUGGUUUUCUUCUUCACUGCUACAAGCAGAUGAAUCCGUUAAUGUUCUGAAUGCUCAUCUGCUGAUUUCCAUAUCCCAUCGUUAGACAACCUGCAUAGCACACUUUGCAUUAACAUGGUUUAAGUAGGUGUUUUGUAACACAAUCUUAAUGGUCUACCUUACUACUCAAGUUGGAGCAUUCUCUCCAUUCUCUUUCAUCUUCUUUGAUUAUUCCAUUACUCCAUUUCCAGGGACACAAGGAGAGACACAAAACAGCUCAGCUUCUAUUUUGAACAGCUUACAAUGUCUAUAUUCUUGUAUGAUGCACUAUUGUAUACUUAUUUUGUAAUUGAAAAGCCAUCUUUAUGUAUGUGUACAGAAUUAAGAUCAGAAUUAUGAAUGUGGACCUCCAUCCCAUAACAGAGGUCCUAACAUGUUAUGUUCACCAUCUAUGAAAGGUGAUGAACACGAACAUGAGCUACUGAUGGUGAACUUGAAGAUCAGAUCAUGUGUUUGCACACCCUGUACAUGCUUUCAUAUCCUUCUUUGAAAGUUUCAAAGUGGAGACCUUUCAAGCCAUUCUGCAGUCAGUAUUGAAGACAUAACUGAACUCUAGAUGAUUAUUUCUGACACCAGCCAAGGCUAGACUUCCACGCGCUUAUUAGCGUUGAUGAGGUGAUCUGGGCCUGUUAUCUGCUCUGCGUUUCUGUUCCUCAAAGAGAACCAAAGAUAAAGUCUCCAUGAAUCCAUUAUGUAACAAACUGAAUCGAAACAUGUCAAAAGUUUUUGUUGUGGAGGCCUGAAAGAUAUCCAGGGACUGAUGGGUCUCGCUACAUUGCAACAAAAAUACCCAGUUUGAUGUUGCUAGUUUUCAUAUAUUUAAUGGCUUACAUGUAUACAUUAGAGACGGCUGCAGUGAAGAAAUAAUGGGUUUUACCCUUCAAAUGUGAAUUAGCAGCUCUUCCAUUUCCUAUCCAUUUUCAUUAUACUGUGUAUCCGUCACAGUGGGUUCAGCUUUGUUAUGUCAAAUAUCAAAUUAUCCUCAUAUGUUAUAUUUACUGUUGAAUGUUUGCGCCAAAUAUUUUAUAUGCAUUGAUACCUUAUUUUUUUCUACAGACAUAGGUAGAAAUAUUCCAGCUGGUUCUGUGAGAAUAUUUUAAACUGGAAAAUGAACUUUCUGACAAUGGCUGUCUCAUUGCUAUGCUAAGCGUGUCUGAGAGCUAGCUAACAUGCUAACACGGCUAGAAUAAAAAAAAUUGGGCUCAACUGAUAUAUUAGAGGCAAAAGAAAUUUUCUAAAUAUUUUAAACCUAUUUUUUGCCUUGGAAUGGAAUUCAUCCCCAUAGCUACUGUAAUUAGAUAUUGUUACAAAAAAAAUAUUUUGAAUUGUCUAUAAAUUGUUCCAAAUGAAUCUCUAAAGAUAUGCUCAGAGUGACGGGGUGUAUAGGAACCAACGCUGUGUUACCUUGUGGUCAGACGGACCAUCCACAGUAGGUACCUGUAUGUGGUGCACUAUUCAACACGCUCGCAUGUUCGCACACAGACGUCCUCUGUAUUCUCAACACAAAGUCACAAUAUGUGAGAAUGUGGUCCCAGUUUGAUUCCCUAUCCCUAGUUUUAAAAGCAAUUGCUAUUCAGUUAUAUUGCCCCAAUCAGAUGGGUUAUCAUUUUAUGAAGUAAUGAGUGAUACAUGGAAGUAUAUGAGUUUUGAGAAUGCUGUCCUUUUAGCUAAGAACAGAGGUCACGUUGCUAGUGUAUAUUCUCCACAUCAUUGCACUUACUCUAAAUGUGAUGGUUUUGUGUUCAGAACACUUGGCCCACCGCUGCAUUAAUGAGACGGAGAGACUCGCCCUUCCUCCAGUAAGGACCAAGAUGGAUGGGGUUUUACUUCUGACAUCUCCCCUGGUUUUGUCAACACGUGGCUCUCAUUGACUCUCCUCCCAAUUUGCUUGCUCUUGUUAUCGUCUCUUCUCUCUACAGCUCUCUGUCCUCAUGUCUCACUGACUCCAUAGCUGUCCAUUGUCUCUAUUUGCCUUGGCUUAAGUCUCUCUGUUAACGGACCGCACCUGUAUGAACAUUCGUUUCAGUGCUUUCAUGUGAGACAUUGCAGUACUCCUCUUUAGUGCAUCCAUGACCAACUCAUGAGAAUCAAGAGUGUUAAAAACUGAUAGAUUGGGAUGAAGAGCAAGUAAGGCUAAAGAGUUACAGGUAUUCAAGAGGGAUCAAAGGCGCGUCCAUUCGCUUAUUGAUUAGAGGAAGAAAGUGUUAUUUCUUGGUUUGACCAGUGUGUUUGUGUUGCAGGGGGUGAUGUAGAUAGGAACCGGUGUCCAGUCUGUAGGGGAGGGAAGGUCAGAGUUUGAGGAGGUAGUCGCUGGUGCCGGUUCACAGAAGGAACAUGGAGGUCACUUUGAAUGUUUAAAGGUCUAGAAGCUGAAACUACGCUCAUCAAAAGCUCGAUUUAAGAAAGACGGUGGGAGGAAAUUCCUUUUAACCUGCAAAUAGGCACCAGACUGCACUGAUAUGUCCAUGAUGGUUAUGAAGAGGAGGAGGAGGAGUACGUGAGGAUAACAGUGUUGAGUGACAUUUGGAAAAAUGCAAUGUGUAAAGUCUAAAGACCCCACAUAUAUAUAUUUUAUAUAAGAGUGUAUAUUGCCCGUGACCAUUUAUUUUUUUUCCCAUACUGAGCAUUAUUCUAUGCACUCGGCCUAUGUAUAUCUUUGAGAUGAGAGACGGUGGGACAAUAAUAAAUAUGAUGA